CGACUGCUUUACGUUUAUAUACACUUCGAGUACCGAAUGGUAUGGAGAAUGAAUGGUAUGAAUGGCCUGGAGAGACGUUGAGCAGGAGAGUGAAGGAGAGUAAAGCAGUAAAGGCUUGUCGCGUAUAAUAAGCCCGAAACAUCUGUAUGCUUUGAAAUCGCAGAAUCGUUUUAAUCGUACUUAGUACUUAAAUCAAACCAUAAACAGUGUACUCCACACACUAUUGUCCUCUGUUAGCUGAUUUUCUGAUAAGCUUUAAGCUUGUGCUCGAUAAGACGAGAACGCUCUUAUGACAGUUCAUUCUUCUCCGGAGUAUAGGGAGUACAGAAACACAGCUUGGCUCCAAGGUCAAGGUAUAUUAAAUAAUAGGUAGCGCCUUCCAUGGAGAGUCUUCUGUUGGAAAGCAGAUCCGCAAAAACACCAACCCCAAAGAGAGCCACGGAGAGCACGAUGAAUCGGUUAUUAUUCCACUCCAAAAGAGGCCGCUCUCUAGGAUAGCCUCACCUUGUAAACAUAAAACUGAAUUAUGCUCAGAGCAGAUCGAUCUGCCCUGUAGUCGUGCCUCUACGUGCGAUCGUUUUCAUGCGUUCGGCUCCUGCUUCGGCUUCGGCUUCGGCUUUGGUGCUCUUCGGCUGGCUUCGACCGCGUCUUGUAUAUUGGUGGGGAUUGGAUUUGGAGCCCAGAUUUUCAGUCUAUCUUCAGCAGCGAUGCCUCAAAGUUCGGUUCGCGCUUUUCCUUUCCUCUGGUAUCGCAUUUAAAGUCCCGUUACGUGAAUGCACCAAAAUUAACUGCAGUGCUGCCAAAAAAAAAAAUAAAAUAAAAAUAAAAAAGAGAGGAAAAAGUCAUAAAUACAGCAACAAAAUCUCUCGGUUUGCUCUUUGCGCAACAUUUUGUGGCAGGCGUGAAAUGAGAAAUACUUACAACAAAAAACGGACCUAAACAACACGAAGCAAUCAAUCAGGCCAUCAACCAGUCCGGUGAGGCUUGUCGCAAACUGGGGCUGGAGUGGGAGCUGCUCUCCCCUGUCAUUGCCGUCAUCUGUGGGAGAAAGCCACCGCCGCUGCGUCUGCCACAUAAUUCAAUCAAGCGCAACACGAGCAGCAGACUAGCAGCAGCAAUAACCAAUAACCAAUACCCAAUAGCAAAUAACCAUUGCGGACCAACCACUGACCAGCGACGCCUAGAGAGCAGGCCGCGGAUCAGCACCGAUCAGAGGUGACUUGAACUGGAAUCGAAACUCCAACUGGAGCUGGGAUCUGGGAGCUGGAGGCUGGGACUUGGAAGCUGGAGCUGGAGGCGACACUGUCUGCAUUGGCUUAGUCAGUCAGUGAGUCAGACACUCGAACCUAUAGUCAUAGUUAUAGUCACGACUCCACCAACAACACCACCACCACCACCACCACCACCGUAUCUCCAAGACUACAUACUAUCGCCAUUGCCAGCGACAUCGUCAGCUGAAGUCAGCUUCACUGGGUCUUCGAUCGUGGUGGCUGUGUUUGUUGUCCGGCAGGUUCACAAAUAAGUGAAAGUGAAUUUGUUUAUUGUAUAUUUCGCUAUUACCAAAGCGAACGAGACGAGACGAGACGCAUAACACCAUUGAGACAACACAAUACAACACAAUACAGGCAACAGGAACCUGUGCGAGUGUAUGGUAACUGCAACUACAAUAACAUCAUCCUCAUCCUCAACCAGAAAGCCGAGCAAUGCUCACUAGAUCAAAGCAAUUCCAUUGAAAGACAAGAUCAAGAUCGUGUCACCGUGUACGUGUCGAUUGGAAUUUCGAUCAAUGAGAGCGUUGUAGAAGAGCUACAACAACAAGAACUGCAACGACAACUAUCGCGACAACCAGAGGCAACAUGCUAAAUGUGUGCUAUCUGCUGCUGCUACUGCUGACGGCAUCGCUGUGCCACGCGGAAAAUGCGAUCGCCCAGGAAGUGAGCAAUGUUGGCACGCCCACGCAUGCAUCGUAUGGAAACUUUACGGAGCUGUCGCGAGCGGUGCGGGACUCGCUGUUGGAGCACGAGGAACGCCAACGUGAGAGCCAGCGACAUGGACACCGCUCGAAACGGGGAGUUAAGCGAGUGUGCUACGGGGAGCUCGGGUGCUUCGAGGAUUCAGGCCCGUUCGCCUACCUGGAGAUGCUGCCGUCCCCGCCGGAGGAGAUCAACACCAAGUUUUAUUUCUACUCAACGCGCCAGCGCUCGGACCGGCCGCUGAUGGAGCUGUCCUUCCUCAACAUGACCACCGCCUUCCGCGGAAAGGCCAAGCGCGAGUCGGAAAUCCAGAGCGACCCGUCCAGUACGAGUGCUCCCGAAAGCGGUAGAUCGUCCAGCUCCAGUUCUAGCUCAAGUUCGAAUACAAAUGCAACCUUUAGCACGGAGAAGCCCGGUGGCGGUGGUGGGCAGAAAAAGCCAGCCCCCUCGAUCGACGACCUGGAAGGCUUCGACGAGCUAUCUGUCCGCGUCAUCGUUCACGGCUUCGGCUCGGCCUGUCCCCACGUUUGGAUUUACGAGAUGAAGACGGCUCUCAUGGCAGUGGAGGACUGCAUCGUGAUCUGCGUGGACUGGGAAAACGGCGCCACCUUCCCGAACUACGUGCGGGCGGCGGCCAACACGCGGCUCGUGGGCAAGCAGCUGGCCAUGCUGCUCCAGAAUCUGCAGCGGCACAAGGGCCUCAAUCUGAUGCGCACCCACCUCAUCGGCUUCAGCCUGGGCGCCCACGUGUCUGGUUUCGCCGGCGCCGAACUGCCGGGCCUCUCGCGGAUCACGGGCCUGGAUCCGGCGGGUCCGUUGUUCGAGGCCCAGCACCCGAAGGUGCGGCUGGACAGCAAUGACGCGGAGUUCGUCGACGUAAUUCACUCGAAUGGCGAGAACCUCAUUCUGGGAGGACUCGGCUCCUGGCAGCCCAUGGGCCACGUGGAUUAUUACCCCAAUGGCGGCCGCGUGCAGACGGGCUGCUCCAAUCUCUUUGUCGGCGCUGUCACUGACUUCAUUUGGUCGGCCCAGGCAGCCGAGGACGAAGAGGGCCGAUCGCUGUGCAACCAUCGGCGCGCCUACAAGUUCUUCAUCGACUCGGUGGCGCCGCGUUGCAUGUUUCCCGCCUUCCCGUGCGCCAACUACGACGACUUCCUCAAGGGCAAGUGCUUUCCCUGCGCCCAGGAUGAUGAGGAUCUUGCCGAGGGCGUGCCCCGGUGCGGCAACAUGGGCUACUAUGCCGACCGGUCCACGGGCCGCGGCCAGCUAUACCUUUUGACCCGAGAGGAGGAGCCCUUCUGCGCCCACCAGUUCCAGCUGCAGAUCUUCAACUCCUUCAACGACCUGCCACUGCGCACCAUCGGUCGCCUUGAGGCCAUUCUCGAGGACGAUGGUGGCCUCAAUGAGACCUUCGAAAUAUCCGAAAAGGACGAUGCGGAGUUCUUUGCCGGCGACAUCGUGUCCAAGAUUAUCGUGCCCCACCCCGCCCUGGGCUUCCCCACCACGCUGAGCCUCCACUAUAAGUCGUACAGCGGCUGGCUGAGCAAGGGCCUGCCCCACUGGGACAUCGACAAGGUGGUGCUCACCGACAGCUUCGGCCGCAGCCACUCCCUGUGCCGUCCGUCCACCAAGCUGAGCAGCGGCAGCCCCGUACGCAUGCGCCUGCAGGCCGGCAACUGUGAGUUGGACAACCAGGAGGAUUAUGGCGCCUACACCACUCAGCCACCGCAACAGGCCCCGCCACAGGCCACUCUGGCGCCCGCGCCCGCCUCCACGGAUGUGCCGGACUCCAGUGUCCAGGAGUCGGGCCUGAGCGCCGCUGCCGUCGACGGCGUGGAGAGUGUAAAGCAGCGCAAGGACAUCUUCAACCUCGGCACCAGCUUCAAGCUGGCCCAGAACCAGACCUAUCCGCUCGACCAAGGUGACGAGCUGCCCUGGCAGCCCAUUUUGGUGGGCAACUCGCUGGACAACGAGACAGCCGAGACGGUCGAGUCCAGUCGCAGUCUCUCGGACGCGGCAGUGCCCGAGGGUCAGGGGGGCCAGCCGAGUGAGAUCUUCGAGCCGGUGCUCAAGGACAGGCGGCUGGUGGCCUACAACCGUGGACGCAAUCUUCAGGACGACGGCACAACCACGGAGGAGAUCAUGGAGCCGGUGCUCAAGGCCACCACGCCGCGCGUCAAGCAGGGCAAGGAACUCGACCUGCGUCAGCUCGACGUCGCCCCAGAGAUGUCUCAGACAACCCCUUCACCUCUCCCUCCAUCUCCAUCUCUAUCUCCAUCUUCAGCUACGUCUGUGGCUCCCCCCAAAAUGAUGGCGCAGCUAGGCACCGGCCAGACCGCCCACACGGGCCAGGAUGAGCCGCAAACGGUGCAGUUAUUGCCCUUCCGCCUAGGCGAGCUGUUGCAGCGGGCCGAACGAUAUGCCCGAGAGACGCUCCUGCCCUUGAUCUCUGUGCAGGCACCGCGCUUCUUCGGCUUCAACGUGACGCCGCACGACCGGGAGCUAUCCCGUCCAGUCAGCGACCAGCGCAAGCCGCGAUACAUUCCCCGCUACGAAGAGUCCGCCUUUCUAAAUAACAGCACAAGCUCCCCCCCGCGCAAUGGUAGUGGCAAGACACGCGCCCAGAAGGCGGCGCGCCGCUCAGCGGUCCAGCAGCGCAAUCUCUUCCGACUGAUGCGCGCUCGCUCCGCCCAGAGGCGCGACGAGGAGCAAGAGCAAGAGGAGGAACACCGGAAGGUGCAGGAGAACGAGGUCAACUAUUACACCAAUGUGCUCCUUUCGGAGUCCCGGUCCAUGCGCCCAGAGGUGCCCGAGUAUCGGCCUGUGUUCGUUGAUCUGCCAACCUAUCGGCCGCCUCUGUCGGCCUCAUCAUCAUCAACAUCUGCAUCAGACUCAGGCUCAGCUUCAGCCUCAGCCUCGGUGUCUGGAUCAGCAUCGAAGUCUAGGGCAGUAAGGGUGGCCCGGCGUCGAGGCAGAGCCUCCUCAUUGGCGCUCCCCUAAGGCUCCGGGGUCUGUUAUCCAGGAAGAACACUUUGUGAUAUGAGAAUCUGGCAGCGCCAUGCAGGCCAUGUACCCUCGGAUCGUGGCUGGGGCAGUUCCCCCCGCAAAGCUAUCCAUCUCCCUCAACCGCCUUCCCACCCUGCCCCUUACGCAUUCCAAUUGUAGCCCCACACUCGGCGGGGGGUACACGGCGCACCAAAACUUUUAGCACUGUAAAUAUCCGAAAGAAACAUUAAUCGUGGCCGGAAACAGAUCGACAGAUUCAUGAAAUCGGAGAAUUUAGUGUAUAAGUUUAUAAAGUGAGAGAUUUACGAAUAAGAUUAAAACACUACAGUCGAGUGUCUCGACUCUAAGAUACGAGUCCCA